GCGCAGCGUGCCCUGCCCGAGAACGUGUUUACAGUCGCCAAUCGGACGAGCUAGAUAUUCUUGAUGCAGGCUGCACGUCGAAAUGAGCAUUGGUGAGCUGGCAGCCUGACCCAGAAGUGGCCACCGAGAGGCGAGCUAACAGCAAGACCUUGCAUUGUCUGAUGUUAGUCGUUAACCGAGUACGCAAAUCUUCCCAUCGGACCACACAAUCUCUUUGUGCAUCCGAAAUGUCUCCCCCCCCCAACCGCUAUCUGGUAGACACAGCUCCACAACAGCAACCCGGUCUUCCACAAGGCAGUGUGGAUCUGGUUCAAUGCACUGACUGGGGCGCUGCCCGGAAAGAUGCAGGUGUGGAGUGCUUGAAUCGACGCCACAGACGCCAUCCCCGGUAGUAUGGCUCAAUUUCCUUGCUGCAGUAACCGAGCGCAUGCAGAGCAUAU